AUACAGAGUCAGUAGCGAAAAGCGAGUCCCGCGAGAGAGAAGCGAAAUCAGCAGUCGCUGUUGGUUGAUGUCGUUGUCGUCAAAUUCUGUGCGUAUCGUUCUCCUGUGCUUCUUCUUCUCCGCCGCGCAAUCAUCAGUGUCGUUCCCCGGGAGUGUUUUGGGCUUGGUUCCCAGCCUUUUUAGUAUUAUUUUCUUUAGUUUACUCCGUCCGGAAGUGAGAGUGCUGGGGUCAGUGCUUUUGGGAAAAACGGUGCAAACGUAACAGUGUUCAACAAGUGUGUUCCACGGAGUGUGCCAAGUAGCGGAGAGAACCUCCCGAAGUGCUAGGUCUCCGUUGAAGCCUACUGCUUGGGGCACCUACAACAACUGCCACCAACACCACCACCGCGCGACCAGGAAUCGAAGCAAAAAGCGAGUGAAAUUUCCAGUCAGUGCAAGCCGUGGUGUGGUAGUGAAUCGAAGAAGUGAGUGAGUGUGGCGGCGAAGAAGACCAGCAGCCAGCACCACCAAGAGGUGCCAGAAGCCGAACAAGUGGUGAAAGAAGAGUGUAGCAAAAAUGGGUUGUGCAGUGAGUAGAGAUAAGGAAGCCAUCGAACGGUCGAAAAACAUUGACCGAGCCCUUCGAGCCGAUGGAGAGCGAGCUGCCAGCGAAGUGAAGCUGCUUCUACUAGGUGCGGGCGAAUCCGGCAAAUCGACCAUCGUCAAACAGAUGAAAAUCAUCCACGAGACGGGCUACUCACAGGAAGAAUGCGAACAGUACCGGCCGGUAGUUUACAGCAACACGAUCCAGAGCCUGAUGGCGAUCAUCCGGGCGAUGGGCCAGCUCAGGAUCGACUUUGCCGAUCCGAGCAAAACAGACAUUGCCCGCCAAUUCUUCACAUACGCGUCCGCCACCGAGGAGGGCGAACUGACGCCGGAGCUGGUGUCGCUCAUGAAGAAACUGUGGACCGAUCCGGGCGUGCAGCAGUGCUUCUCCCGGUCCCGCGAAUACCAGCUGAACGAUUCCGCCGCGUACUACCUGAACUCGCUGGAUCGGAUCUCGCAGCCGAGCUACAUCCCCACGCAGCAGGACGUCCUCCGGACGCGGGUCAAAACGACCGGCAUAGUCGAGACGCACUUUAGCUUUAAGGGAAUACACUUCAAAAUGUUUGACGUGGGUGGUCAACGGUCAGAGCGGAAGAAAUGGAUACACUGCUUCGAAGGUGUAACGGCGAUCAUCUUCUGCGUGGCGCUUUCCGGGUACGAUCUGGUGCUGGCGGAGGACGAGGAAAUGAACCGGAUGAUCGAGUCGAUGAAGCUGUUCGAUUCGAUAUGCAACUCAAAGUGGUUCGUCGACACGUCCAUCAUACUGUUCCUGAACAAGAAGGAUCUGUUCGAGGAGAAAAUAACCCGGUCGCCGCUCGUCAUCUGCUUCCCAGAGUACACCGGUUCCAACACGUACGAGGAGGCGUCCAGCUACAUCCGGAUGAAGUUCGAGAACCUCAACAAGCGGAAAGACCAGAAGGAGAUCUACACCCACCUGACGUGCGCCACCGACACCAGCAAUAUCCAGUUCGUGUUCGAUGCCGUCUCGGACGUGAUCAUCAAGAACAACCUCAAAGACUGCGGGCUGUUCUAAGAUCGAAGAUGAUAAUUCGGAGGAUGAUCGAAAGUGAUGUCCGCUCUAUGUUUCAAUUUUGCGUUCGUCCCACAGAACAUCGGACAUUCGAGCCCCAAAUUUUGGGAGCUGAACGUGUGUUGUAGUUUGUAGCUGGUUGGAAACGAUUGUGACGAAAAGUUUUUACCGAGCGAUGAGUAAAAUCAAAUACAGGCCUUGUGGCGAUCGUGAACCUAAACGCGCUUAUGUUAAUAAAUAAUUUUACAGUUAUGGAUCUUAAUUUAACAGCAAUCUAUGAACGAACGGUAAGAAAAGAACUUACAAUUUUGGAAGUGCACAGAAAGCUGCGCAAAACGCAGACAAGAGGUUGUAGAUCGUUCUGGGCGAGAAAGAAACGCAGUAAAUAUAUAUAUUUUUAUAUUUAAAUAGUGAAAUAUAUGGAAAUCGCUGUGCGUUGUUCAAGUAAAUGGGGGAAAAACCCCCAAAUUGUGUCCGCCUUGUUAAUGCAGUAGAUAUAAACACAUGUGAAUGUAAUUGUUGAAAGCUACAUCAGAACAAAUGAACGGUUCUUCUUUCCAAUUGAUGCAGAGCAGCAUUAGGAAUUACUAAGUGAGAAUAAGAAAUUAUUUAUACCUUACUGUUAGGUGUUAUCUAAGAAAUCGUAAGCACUAAGAGCAAGAGACGAAUUUAGGAAUGUAUAUGGGAUUAGGGCUUUCGCCAUAUAAGCUUUCAUAUUCGAUUGCCUCCCCUCCAGUUUGGGCGAAAGGUUGCGAAGUUUGAACUACUUUCGAAUGAAACAAAUCAUAUCCACUGUGCGUAGCUAUUUAUUGUUUUACUAGACUUUAGAAACUUCCUAAAAGAAACUCUCUCCUCUUGGCAUUACCGAGCUAAACAUUCUAUUUCAGAUAAAAAUUUCUCAUUCCAGUAUAAGCAUUUCGACUAACACUUUUGUGCUAGAACUUCGUGAGAACUAAGCAGUAAAGCUUCGUAGAAACUAACAAUCAAACAUUUCUUCAAAGAACAAAACCAUCGCGAAUUUACAGGCAAUGAAUCCUCUCUCUAAGACUGAAUAUCUUCCUCAACCAAGAAGCAAAUGUUCCGUUAUCGAUAUUUUUGCUGCUUACAGCAGAAUUACUUUUUUUUGGUGAUAGUUAUCAAAAAAUAAUUAAGGACGACAUUACAAAGCAGGCAAUAUUCGAAAAGAACAAAAAAGAAGCUAAAUAAGAUCCUGGAAGGCAAAGUCAAACGGAACAGAAUGCGCUAAUAAGCAGUUAAUAUCCUUAAACCAUGUCAUAGAAAACGCUGUUUACUGAAACCAAUGUCAAAAUUGUCCUCUAUAAAUGUAUAUCUAAUAACAUGAAGCUCCUAGAUUCAGCAAAUGUAAACGAAAGAAAGCAAAAAUAUCCACUGGAAAUGAAAAUGAUAAAUUAUUUUGUACUAACUUUUCGUACCUACCACGUAUACAUAUAUUUUUUUAAUAUUUUUAGAAAUCAAUUAAUAAAACCGUAACUUUUAAACUUCUCUCCUAGCCUGAAUUAUGAAGGAAACUUUAAGCACAACUAUAAAACGAACAAAGAGAACAAUGUCCACCUGACUAACUUUAGGGUAAUUAUUUACCUGGCACAACCAUUCAAACUUAAAAUAACCGUUCAAAAAAAUACUGAUGAUCAUAAGCUAAACUAAUCGUUGGCUACAAAAGAAAACUGCAGAAAACAAGAUCGUAGAACUAUGUGUAUUUUUCUAAAUGUUUUUCGCUUAAACGUAUCAGAAUACAGACAAUGGAUCCAAAUCCGAUAGACAGCAACGAAAAACUUAAACUAAACGAAACUAAAUAAACUCUAUGUAAAUGUCAAGCACGCACGAGCAUAUUUUUUGAUGCAGGUUUUAUUUACCCCCCUUCCCAGACUGUGGAAUUCAUUGUGUUUUCCUUACAUUAUACUGAUGAUAAUAAUACUGCACUACUAAUGGAAUACAGGCAGGAAACAAUGUUUUGAUAAUAAAUAUAUAUACUUGGAAAGUAAGACUAAA